AAUUUGUCUUUUUAUCUUUUUACCUUUUUAUCUUGAUGUUGGAGUAUAGAGCGCACAACCAGCGAAAUGCUGACUGCCGAGAACUGGGAGCUAAUUAUGGAAGUUUGUGACCGCGUAGGCACAGACAACGAAAAGGCUCAUCAGUGCUUCGAGGUUGUCAGUGAGCGACUACUGCACCGCAACGCCAACGUCGUUCUCUACACGCUCACCCUUGUGCAGUCACUUUUAGAGAACUGUGGACAAAACACCAAGCAAGAGGUCUCCUCCCGAGUUUUCACCACAACCCUCAUCCGUAUCCUCAACGACAAAACCGUCCACGAAAAAGUCAAAACGCGUAUUCUCGGCUACAUCCAACAAUGGGCUUUUGAUUUCCGCCAAGAUCCGACUCUCAGCCUGAUGGAGGAAACCUAUACUAAAUUGAGGGCUCAGAGGUUCCCGUUCCCGUCGCCACAGAUUCCGGAUAAGAUUGCAAAGGAGAGCAGUGAGGUGGAUAAGAUGAAGGAGGAGGAGGAUUUGCAGCUGGCUUUGGCUUUGUCCUUGUCCUCUGUCGCUGAUAAUGCCGGUGGUUCGAGGGCCAACUAUCAGUCGCCGGCGGAUAUUAGAUCGGAAAUUACUCGCAAGCAGACUAUUGCAUCGGCCCACCAGCAGGGGCAAGGGCAGCAGUUGGCAGCUCCGGCAUCAACCGUCGGCGGCGUAGCUCGGAGAACCACUCGGGCAGGAGGCGCCCCUCACCUGCAGCAACCCGCCGCAGCCGCUGCCACAGCUGCUGCGCCGAAGAACCACUGGCAACAAAGCGCCGCGUCCAAGUCCGUGCCCUCUUCGAUUUCACACCAACCGAGCCUGGUGAGCUAGGCUUCUUCAAGGGCGACGUAAUCACCGUUCUCGACCAAAAAUACCGCGAUUGGUGGAAAGGCGAGCUCCGCACCAAAAGCGGCAUCUUCCCAGCCAACUUCGUCCAACCCCUCCUUGACCCACGUGCCAAUAUCUCCAAAGACCUCGAUUGAAGCUCAGGUAUUUUCCGAGGCGCAUAAUAUCGAGGCUCUGUUGAGACUGUUGGGGAGCGUGGAUCCUGUGAAGGAUAAUGUGUCGGAGAAUGAGGAGGUGCAGAGGCUUUAUGGGGAGACGGUGGCGUUGAGACCGAGGAUUGUGAGGUUGAUUGAGAGGUAUACGAAGAAGAGGGAGGAGCUGGUUUUGUUGGAUGCUCAGUUUUCGAAGAGUAUACGGUUGUACGAUGACAUUUUGAGAAGGAGUGUUGGUGCUGCUGCUGGUGGACAG